AAAAAGUUAUGACGUCAAUUGUCGGGUUUGACCGGUCGAGCGAUUGGUUCACUCUAAAGCGCAGGAGUUGUUUGCGCUUUCGCUUACCUCGCUUGUUCGCCAAGCCAAGAAGAAGAAGAAGAAGCAGCAGCAGCAGCAGCAACAAAGAAGAAGCAGAAGAAGAAAAGGAAAAUAGAGCAAUGGAAGCUUCAAAGACGAUAGCACACGAAAUCGGAGGCGUCCAGAAUGAUGCUCUUCGCUUUGGUCUUCAAGGUGUCAAGAGCGAUCUCGUUGGAUCUCAUCCUCUCGAAACCGCCUAUCAAUCCACGAGGAAGACGCAGGAGGAGAUGAAGCGGAAGAUCCUUGCAAAUACAUAUGGUUCAGCCUUCCCUUUGAAGAUGGACCUCGAUAGGCAAAUCCUUUCAAGAUUUCAGAGGCCUCCAGGAGCAAUACCAUCUUCCAUGCUCGGGUUGGAGGCUCUUGAUGGAAAUUUGGAGGGUUUUGGUUUCGAAGAUUAUCUUAAUGACCCGCGUGAGUCAGAAACUUUGCGGCCGGCAGACACGCACCAUGGAAUGGAAGUUCACCUGGGUCUGUCCAAGGGACCAGUUUGCCCCACCUUCCUCUGAUUGUGAUGGUUUUCCUGGACACAUACCUACCUACCUUUCAUUUCUACAAAUCCAUAAUAUGUAUCUGAAUUUUAUUACUGCUGCCCUCAGAGGAUAUCCCUUUUGGCUGCUCCACUCAGUUGUACCUUCUCUUGAACUUUUCGUUGAAAAAUUACUCCAUUAACAUUCUCAUAUGCUGUGAGAUGCUGCCCAGGAUUAGAUUGGUAUUGUUUAGUUGUUCACAAUCUCAACUCUCACUAGGCAUAUUUUCAAGGGGCAUUUCCUCAAUUUAUGUUUCGCUCUUUAAGGUUUUCAUUGCAA